GAAGCGAGGGCGCUCUCAUUCCCGCUCCAGCGUUGGGCUAGAAAGAAGCGAAGAGCUGUCGUAGCUUCUUUGUGCAGCGUGACCUUCUCUUCGCCUCCGGCUCUUUCUCUAUUCCGCUUCAGCCAUGAACGGGUUCCGUGACAGCCGCCUCGAGGAAGGCACCUUCCUUUUCACCUCGGAGUCUGUGGGAGAAGGGCACCCAGAUAAGAUUUGUGAUCAGAUCAGCGAUGCGGUCCUUGAUGCCCACCUUAAACAAGAUCCAAAUGCCAAAGUAGCAUGCGAAACUGCUGCCAAGACUGGGAUGAUCCUUCUGGCUGGAGAGAUCACAUCUUCAGCUGCGGUUGACUAUCAGAAAAUUGUUCGUGAUACAAUCAAGCAUAUUGGCUAUGAUGAUUCCUCAAAGGGCUUUGACUACAAGACAUGCAAUGUCUUGGUUGCCCUGGAACAGCAGUCCCCUGAUAUAGCUCAGGGAGUCCACCUUGACAGAAAGGAAGAAGACAUUGGUGCCGGUGAUCAGGGCUUGAUGUUUGGCUAUGCUACUGAUGAGACUGAGGAGUGCAUGCCUCUGACCCUUCUUUUGGCACAUCAGCUGAAUGCAAAGCUGGCAGAACUCCGUCGCAACCAUACCUUGCCCUGGCUGCGCCCAGAUUCAAAGACUCAGGUCACUGUGCAGUACAAGCAGGACCGUGGUGCUGUUAUCCCAAUUAGAGUCCAUACCAUUGUGAUUUCUGUGCAACAUGAUGAGAAAAUUGGUCUGGAUGAAAUGAGGGAUACUUUGAAAGAAAAAGUGGUCAGAGCUGUUGUACCUGCAAAGUUCCUGGAUGACGAUACUGUCUACCACCUGCAGCCCAGCGGACGCUUUGUGAUUGGUGGCCCUCAGGGCGAUGCUGGCUUGACUGGCCGGAAGAUCAUUGUUGACACCUAUGGUGGUUGGGGAGCUCAUGGAGGUGGUGCUUUCUCUGGUAAAGACUACACGAAAGUGGACCGUUCGGCCUCUUACGCUGCUCGCUGGGUUGCAAAAUCCUUGGUGAAGUCUGGUCUUUGUCGGAGGGUGCUUGUUCAGGUUUCCUAUGCUAUUGGAGUGGCCCACCCAUUGUCAGUCUCCAUUUUCCAUUAUGGCACAUCCCAAAAGAGUGAGCAUGAGCUGCUAGAGAUUGUGAAGAAGAAUUUUGACCUUCGCCCAGGUGUUAUUGUCAGGGAUCUGGAUCUGAAGAAGGCUAUUUAUCAGAAGACUGCAGCCUAUGGUCACUUUGGUAGAAACAACUUCCCAUGGGAAGUGCCCAAAAAGCUUAAAUACUGAACAUGUGGGGCUUCUUUCCCCAGACCUGUUGGUGUACAUUACAGAGAAACCUUCAGGUUAUACUGUGGGAAAGAACCUGGUUCCCUAACUGGUCCUAUCCUUCUUUGCUCUUAACUUGGCACACUUUGUCCAUUGCCAUGAAUAUUAGUCCUCUGGGGACCGCAAAUUGCACUGUGCUUUCUCCUCUUCCUGGUGUGCUUGACGUAUAAGUAAAGCCAGUUGAUCAUAGGCGCUACACGUAAUCCAUAGAAAAGAAUAGACUAUAAUCAAGACAGUGCUUUGGUCUAAUCCUUUUGUGUUGCCCAAAGGCUAACAAUAAUUUCCCCCUUCAAAUGGUGAACAAGCAAACAAACAAAAGCUUCCCUUGUGAUGUGCACACAGUCUGUGGUUCCACAUACUAGGUCCAGAUCUAGAGUAGCAUGGUGCAAUGACUUGGCUCUAAUGAGAAUGUAAAGCCCACACUUCCCUUCCUCCCUGUUGGUCUCAUGUGAGCUACCGCCACCGUAGCAGACAGUCUUGCAUGCAACGCAAGUCCCAUGGGGAACUACAGCCUAAUGCAGUUUUUAAUCGAAGGCGGUUAGUCUGACAACCCAUGGUAUUUGACUCUUAAAUUUAAUCGGCACCAUAUUUUAAUCAUUGCCUGUUCUUACCUUCCUUGGGGGCGGGUGGGAAUAUUAAUGAACUUCAAUCCUAUGCAGUUUUAGCACUAGCCAAACCUCACCAACUCUUAUCAGAUGGGCACUUGGCCAACCUUGCGGCGUACUACAGAGAAGUCGCAAGGCCGUACCCAAGGUCUGUAGGCUGCACACUUUUGGCACCUGGAACUAUUACUAGUUUUUUCUUUAGAGCCAAGAACUUCAUGUUGCACAAAACUCUUUGAGGGGUCAGUUUCCAAAGCCAGGUCCAGACUGCAUUCUGAAGGACUGGUGUAGCUACAGAGAAGCCAGGUCCCUUCAGAAUACUAACGCGUUUGGAACGGACAUGGGGGAAAAACCCUACAUACUUGAAAUUUUUUAAUUGCUUAUUUAUUGUGUGUUUGGGGCAGGGUGUGAGUACAGAGAAGCCCUUGUCCCAAAUGGCAGCUUUUAAAGUUCAUUUUGACACCAUAAUUUCCUUGACAGUUCCCAGCAUUCCCUGGCAGGCCAAGGUGUCCUACAGAAAAGCCUUGGGUCUGGCUUGUGUAAAACAGGGGAGGGCAGUGCUGCAGGGGGCUGGCCCUGGGGAGGGCGAACUUGGUUGGUGUGGUACAGAGAAGCCAGCUUGUUUACCUGUCCGCCCCAGCGCCAGCCUCCUCAGCAAGAAGUGCCUUUUGCGUUCCAAUUAUUUUCUGGGCGUUUACCACGUGUGUCUCUUGAUUCUUGAAAUUCCAACUUGAUCUUUACAAAAAACAAACCUUAAUAAAAGUGCUAGGUUCUAUCUUAAAA